GUAUCAUAUUCCAGGUAAGAACAUCAAAUGCAGUAGAGGGACAGUGAGCCAAGCACAGCUCCUCAAUGUGACAUGGUCAGACUGAAAUAACAGGAGGAAACCGGAGACAACACGGACAGGGGUCACUUAUACUAAUCACAUUCUUUAUGCAUCCUACAAUCUUAUACAGGGCUGAGCAGUAAUACCAAGUAACUCCUUGCUACUCACUGUAGCUGAUGUGAAAAUCCAGAAUCUAGUGAAAAUGGAAAUGCUGGUGAUAGAGCAAAAAGUGGAAGCGGAAAAAACACUGCUAAGAAAAGAUGUAUUCCGGCCAUGGCCCAGAUCACGUCGGAAUAUUAAAGUUUUCCUGGAAUGUAUAAAAAACGUUCUUUUCCGUGUUGGUGACGACUGGUACUUUCUGUUUGCUCUUGGUGUCAUUAUGGCUUUGAUCAGCUUUACAAUGGACUUCACUGUCUCAAGAAUGCUAAAUGCACACAGAUGGCUUCAACAGGAACUGGGGGAUAAUACACUGCUCAGAUACCUGUCCUGGACUGUUUAUCCGAUUGCUCUUGUAGCUUUUUCCACUGGCUUUGCACAGAGCAUAACUCCUCAUUCUGGAGGCUCUGGAAUCCCUGAACUUAAAACCAUUUUAACUGGUGUAAUUUUGGAGGAAUAUUUGACAAUAAAAAACUUUGGUGCCAAAGUAGUUGGUUUAACGUGUACCCUGGCAGCUGGCAGUACAGUAUUUCUCGGAAAAGUGGGGCCCUUUGUGCAUCUAUCCAGCAUGAUAGCAGCAUAUCUGGGCAGGAUGAGAUCCUCGGUCACUGGUGAUUAUGAGAAUAAAUGGAAGGAGCAGGAGAUGUUGGUGGCAGCAGCUGCGGUUGGCGUCUCUACAGUGUUUGGAGCACCGAUUAGUGGUGUGCUGUUCAGCGUGGAAGUCAUGUCGUCGCAUUUCGCGGUGAGGAAUUAUUGGCGUGGCUUCUUCUCUGCUACCUGCGGUGCUUUCAUGUUCAGAGUGUUAGCUGUGUUCAACAGCGAGCAGGAAACAAUCACAGCCGUCUUCAAGACCAAUUUCAAGAUCAGUUUUCCGUUUGACCUACCUGAGACAUUCCUUUUCAUAAUAUUAGGAGUGAUUUGUGGAGCAGCAAGCUGUGCUUAUCUUUUCUGUCAACGCUGGUUCCUGGGAUAUGUCAGAAGAAAUUCCUUCACCUCCAAACUGCUAGCCACUGACAAGCCAGUAUACUCAGCGCUGGUCGCUCUGCUUGUGUCAUCUAUUACAUUUCCUGAGAGUCUGGGACAGUUCAUGGCUUCGAGGCUAACAAUGAAAGAACUUCUCACCUCACUUUUUGACAAUCGCACAUGGUGGACACUUUCCCAGAAUGCAUCACUGGAGAGGUCACCUCUAGUGGACCCCAACAACUUGUGGCUAGAAUGGGCAAACCCUCAAUUCACCAUCUUUGGCACUUUGGCAUUCUUCAUAGUCAUGAAGUUUUGGAUGUUCAUUUUGGCAACCACUCUACCAAUGCCUGCUGGAUACUUCAUGCCUGUCUUUGUGUUUGGUGCCACUAUUGGGCGACUGUUUGGUGAAACUGUAGCCUAUAUCUUCCCAGAAGGCAUCACCUCCAAUGGCGUUAUUAAUCCUAUUAUUGUUGGAGGCUACGCACUGGCAGGAGCAGCUGCGUAUUCUGGCGCUGUGACGCAUUCUCUCUCCACGGCGUUGCUUGCGUUUGAGGCAACGGGUCAGAUUGCUCAUAUCCUCCCUGUCAUUUUGGCUGUUUUGGUUGCUAAUGCCAUUUCACAGAAAUUCCAGCCAUCCUUUUAUGAUGGCACAAUCAUUGUGAAGAAACUUCCAUACCUGCCACGUAUCCGCAGUCGACAUAUAAACUCCUACAAGGUAAAUACUGAGGAAUUUAUGACUAAAGAUAUCAUGGUUCUGGCCAGGGAUUCCAACUUUGAAGAUGUUCUUGAGGUCAUUACCUCUUCUGAAGAAUCUGAAUACCCAGUGGUGGACAAUAAAGAGUCACAGAUAUUGGUGGGGACAGUGAAGAGAUCAGAGCUGGUGACUUUCCUGGAGACACAUGAAUCUCAGGAGAGUCCAAACAGUGCAAUAAAUAAGACCAGAUCAGGAGAGACCCUUAGUGAUGGAUUUAAUAUUCAGCCGGUUACUUUCCAGCUGUCUUCAUGGACUUCCCUGCAUGAGGCCCAUCACCUCUUUGAAUUGCUGAAUCUCCAGUAUGUCUUUGUUACAAAUUUCGGGAAGAUUGUAGGACGUGUCACCAGGAAAGAGAUGAGGAAAGCCAUUGAAGAUCUUGCAAAUCCAAAAUGAAGGCUACACGUGUAAAACAGUCCAGAGAACAGGCCAACAAAAGUUAACCCUUUCCAGCUGUAAUUGCAGAGCUGCACAGUUUGGUUAAAACACCAGAUGCCCCUAGACUAUAUGUAUAGCUAUGCGCUACUGUGUGCAUCAAGGACUUUAUUCACUUCAAAGGAAGGUAUUAGACAUUAGGCAUAGUGACACUUAGACAUUUUUUAAAGGGCCAUUGUCUGCUUCAGCAGGGCUGGACUGGAGAUAAAAAGCAGUCCUGUAAAAAUUUGAAGACCAGCACCAUUUUUCUCAAGAAGAUUACUGCUAUACUCCGUCUUUUUCUGUAAUUAAAUUAAAUUAGUUUCUAAUGAAAAAAAAAGUCAGAAUGUUGCUGUAUAGGUACCUAAAACCCAAUUUAAUUUGACUCCCUUUCACGAAAAUGAUUAUCCAUAGUGUGAUCUGGAGAAGACACUCAACGCCACUUGACUAGACAGUAGAAACCAUUCAAAAGAGGGCUACUACAAUGGUACAUGGUCUAGCAAAUAACACUUAGAAGGAAAUAUGUUGUAACCUUAAUACAUUUAGCUCAGAAGAGAAUAGUGGUGAUACAGUGACAUAACCUCAGCAGCUGCACCACCCACUUAAACUGUAUCUGGCCAGCCUCAUCUGCUGCGGCCCACCGGGAAAUUUCCUGGUAGACCAAUCCAGCCUUGUGCUCCAGAUUUGAACAAUUUCCAGAUUAGAUCAUGAAAUAAGGUUUAGAUUACACAAAACUUUGACUGGUGCCAAUUAUCAUCUAUUUGUUUUUGUGUCUAUAAAGAUUUUCCUACAAACAUAAUAUUGCAUUAAGUGAUGGUACAGUCACUGCUUCUUGAUAAAAUGUUGAGAGAUGUGUUAAAUGAACUAUCUAUAUCAUGUUUUAUUUAUAAGCAAAGAACAAAGAUUACCAGCACUACACAAAAUCCUUGAAACCUUAACCAUUCGUGUAUUUUCUAAGCAGAAAGGCACCAGUCUCCCUCUCCCAUCUCACAUGAGCUAUUUUGGAAAACCACAGGGAGUCAGGGACGUUAAAAAACAAGACACUUUAUAAACAAAACAAAAGCGAAACUACUUUCUUUCUUUGACCCGCAGCAGUACAAUUCGGUGUCCUCUAUCACCCAUAGGGACACCCUAAGACAACCACCUAUGUCUGUUUUUUUUUUUUUUUUUUUUAAAAGCCCUAAUAGUAUUAUCAGUUCUGGACUCUGUUAAGCUCAAUAUUUUAUUUGUUAUUUCAUGUAAAACUUAGUGACUAGGUGUUUUCUCAGUUUUAAUUGAUUUUACAUCCUGUAUAUUCUGCUCCAGAUUUUACCUGAUGUGCUGUAUAUGAUUGUCUCAUUGUGAUGAAAGUAUUAACAGUUUAUAAUCACUUUUAUUCACCUAUCUUGACCACACACUGUAACUCCUUGCACCUCGCAUCAUGAAAAACGCUGUAUAUUGUAUGUCAUGCAGAUGUUUUAAAGGGACAUAAUACCAUAUGCUAAAUCACUUGAAAGUGAUGCAGCAUAACUGUAAACAUGAAAAUAUCAGCUCAACAUCUUAAUGUAAAAAGGGAAGAUGUUUUACCUCAGUUUCUUCAGCUCACCAGGGUAAGUGCUCUGUAAACAGUUAUGCUUUAGCUGCUGUCCAGCUGCAAGAUAAAAAACAACAACAAAAAAAGCCAAUCAGCAUCAGCAGUGCUGAGGUCAUGCUUUGCUUUGCUGUGAUCUCGUGAGAAUUAACUGAAAAAUUGUGAGAUUUCAUAGUAUUCAUAGUAAUUUUCCUUAAAUUAAAUAGGAAAAUAACAUGACUGUGCCUGCACAUGCCAGAUGCACAAUCCCUGGGACUAGCAUCCUGAUUGGCUGCUUGAAGUCUCUUUACAAUGGGGUGUGAAACAGUUAGGUCAUUUUGAGGUAAAAUAUCUUCCUUUUUUACAUAGAGAUGUUCAGGUGAUAUUUUCUAGUCAGCUUCUCACAGCUAUGCUGCAUCAUUUUCAAGUGCCUCAACAUUUGGGUAUCAUGUCAAUUUAAAGAGACAUAAAAACCUAGGUAGGCCUGCCUUAGAGUACAGGAUACAAGCACCCCCCCCCCCCUGAGCUUACCUAGGAUUACUAUUCAACAAAGGAUACAGAGAAAAUGUAUGUGUUAUCAGAAUCAUAAAAGGUUAAUUUUGACUUUACAUUCCCUUUAAUGAUCCAUCGCAUCUCUGAUCUUGUACAUAGACCUGCUGCAAUAAAUGGAAUAUGCAUGUAAAUAUUUAUAUAUAGCAUUAUAUAGUUGUACAUAAUAUAAACUAUUGGAUGUUGAAGAAAUCUUUAUCUCCUUGGUACCCAUAGAAGACUACAACCAGGGGUGGUGAACCUUUCUGACAGUGUGCCCCUAAACUGGUGAUAAUCUUAUUAAAAAAAGUACUGUUUUUUAAUUUUAAAGGACUAAUUUUAAAUCCAUAAUAUAUCAACAAAUAUUAAAUUAUUAUUAUUA